CCCGAGAAAAUCGAAAGAGAAAACGAUAGAUAGCGAAGGAAGGGAGAAAUCGAUUUAAAGAAAGGCUGGGGAACAAGAGAAUCGGAAGUCCAUGGAGAGCUUGAAUCGGAAGGAUAUCGACUGUCGUUUGGAGGAUUUAUGUACGAACAAGAGAAUGAGAGGCAUCAGCGAGAUCAACUCGUCGGGUUCGGAAUCGUCCAACCGGAGGAUGAUUGGGAAAUCCGAUGGGGAGUUAGAGGAGAACGACAAGGGCGACAGGGGAAGGAGCUUGAUCAAGUGCGAUUCGUUCGGCUGGAUCUCGGUGAUCGGGCGGCGGAGAGCGAUGGAGGACGCGGUAGCGGUGGCGGAGUUCGAUUCGUACCGGUUCUUCGCCGUGUACGACGGCCACGGAGGGUCGGGAGUGGCGAAUGCGUGCCGCGAUCGGCUCCACCAGCUGCUGGAGGAAGAGGUGGAGGGUAGGGCUAACGGAUCCGGCGACGGCGCGGCAGUGGAGUGGGAGAAGGUGAUGAGGGAGUGCUUUCGGAAGAUGGACGAGGAGAUCGGUGGAGGUCGAGGGUUCGAUGAUCAGGAUGAGGACGGCGACGGCGGCGGCGGCCGUGGUCGAGAGGUGGCGUUGAAUACGGUGGGGUCCACGGCGCUGGUCCUCAUUGUUGGGAAGGCGGUGGUGGUGGUGGCCAAUUGUGGUGAUUCUAGGGCGGUGCUGUGCCGCGACGGUGGUACUGUGCCCUUAUCACGUGCCCACAAGCCUGACCGACCUGACGAAAGGGAGGGAGUCGAGGCGGCGGGAGGAAGAAUCAUGAACUGGAACGGAUGCCGCGUCCUUGGAGUUCUUGCUACUUCAAGAUCGAUAGAUUGCUAUUUGAAGCCAUAUGUGAUCUCUGAACCUGAAGUCACCGUUUGGAAACGUUCCGACUCGGAUCAAUUCCUUAUAAUAGCAAGCGACGGACUAUGGGAUGUAGUGUCAAAUGAGUUUGCCUGCGAGGUUGUAGGAAGGUGUUUUGAUGGGCAAAUCAGGAGAAGGUUUCCCGAAGGGUUGGGUGGAAGUACUGCCGGAGAGGCAGCGGCUUUGCUGGCCGAACUGGCAAUGGCUCGGGGAAGCAAAGACAAUAUCAGUGUUGUAGUUGUGGAUCUAAAGAAGUAGAGCCGAGUGUGUUCCUUGAUUUUUCUUUCGCUAGUUCCUUUUUUUUAUUUUUUUUAUUUCUGGUUUUAACUUUUGAAUUUGAUCGCCUGAUGGCUUGAUGUACAGAGAUGUUUAGUCUGGAAGAGAACUUUCGUAUCUGAAAAUUCUUUGGUGGAUUUACUGUUUUGACUGUCGUAAACUAUCUGGGGGUCUCAAAAACUUUUGUUAUUGAUCAAAUUUUUUAGAGUACUAAUUCAUAAUUUCAUUAGUCAUUAGCUUUGAUUGUGAAACGGAUAUCACAUGAAAAGUAGUUCUAAUAAGCUUUUGCCUAGGCUGGAACUUCUCUCAACUUGCUAUUCUCGAUUUUAUUGA